GACCUUCAUUGUACCAAUCUAUUCAAUUUAGAUGGUCGUGUUGCAGUAGUCACUGGUGGUAGUUCAGGUUUAGGUUCUAUGAUUGCUCGUGCUCUUGUAUCAAAUGGUGCUCGUGUUUAUUUAGUUGGUCGUCAUGUUGAAAGUCUUCAAAGAGUUUGUAAAGAGUUUGAAUCUAUGGAUAAAGGUAGAUGUUCUGAAGGUGCUAAGCUCAUUCCCAUCCCGGCUGAUUUAAGUACUAAAGAUGGGGUUGAGAAGAUGAAGAAAGAAGUUGAGAAACGAGAAAAAUCAAUCGAUCUCUUGAUCAAUGCAGUUAAAAUGCAAGGACAAUCGAUCCAUCCAACUGGUGGCAAUAGUCUUCAAUCCAUCUCUCAAGCUCUCUUACAACAAGGACAACGUGAAGCUGAAGACGUCUUACGUACCAACGUGAUUGGAACUUAUUUCGUCAUUGCUACUUUAUUACCUUUACUUGGUAAUUCGUCUCAUAAUCCUCAAAUCAUCAAUGUUGCUGGUGUUGCUGGUCUUUCUCGUGAAUUUUCCGAAGGUCUUAUCGAACCUGCUUCUCAAGCUGCCAUCAUUCAUAUGUCAAAGACUUUAUCAACUCUUUUGGCUAGAACUAAUGUUCGUUGUAAUGUCAUUGCUCCUGGAAUUUUCCCAGGUGGAGACAAGAAUCAACAUGGAAAAGAUCAACAAUCAAUGUCAUCUAUGAAAGAAAUGAUCUCACGAGUUCCAGCCGGUCGAGCUGGUGCCGAAAAAGAUAUCAGCACUUUAAUCCUCUGCUUAUGUAGCGGAUUCCAAACUUAUGUUUCUGGAGCUGUGAUCCCUAUCGAUGGUGGUCUUCUUACUCAAGUUCCA